AUGAUUGAACAUUUCAGCAAAUCCAAAUGUCUACCGGAUAGCGACAAGAUAUUCGGUCCACGUGUGGCUAUUGAUUGUCGAGACUUUGACUUCACAUUCUUGUUUGAAGAUGCAAUUCUGAUACUUCUACCUGCUUUGAUAUUCUUACUGCUCAUCCCGGUUCGGAUUCGACAAGUUAUCCAACACCCGGUCCAGCGGCUCUUCCAUAGGUUGGGAGUCUGCAAGAUUGUGUUUUUGGUUACCUUGUGCAUUUUACAAAUCGUGUAUACUAUUUUCGGAAAUCGGAAUGAACUGUUGCACACCUCAAUAUCCACCGCUGCAGGAGUCACCAGUACAAUCGCCAUAGCUGGAGCUGCGCUGGUGUCGUUUCUAGACGCGCAACGCUCCAUCAAACCUUCUUCGCUUCUUGAACUUUACUAUGCCGCUCUUGUGAUUACCUAUCUUCCGCGAUUACGUUCACUCUGGCUUAGUCCCAGUCCUGACUUUGACUUUCUACGAAAUCUGUGGACAGCAAGCUACAUUCUGACUGUCUUGCUUGCCAUUCUGGAAUCAUGUGGAGGGCAAAUUCACUUCUCUGGGUCGCUAGAGUCAAAAGGCCCCAGGGAAGAAAUCCUUGGAUUCUGGGCCCGAAGUCUCUUUGUCUGGAUCUUGCCUACUUUGAGACGGGGUUACUCCAACACACUUGACGUUCCAGGUCUCCCCCAACUAGACCCUUCUCUCGGAGGCGAAAAAGCUCACAUUCACCUUCAAAAGGCUUGGAGUGAUUGCAGACUCCGCUAUCGACUUUUGAAAGCCAUAUUCGUUGCCUAUGCUCGGGAUAUCCUCAUAUGUAUCCCGCCACGUUUAGUUCUCGGUGGCUUUACAUUCUGCCAACCGUUUCUCAUACAGGCCGCUAUUAAAUUGUCAGAGCAACGGGCUUCGCCACCCAUCAAGGAUUAUGGCAGAGCGCUUGUGGGAGCGUUCGUGUUGGUAUCAAAGGCAGUAUACGCACGAUUGGUCAAUCGUGUCAUGGGUAUGACACGAGCUGGCCUCAUGUCCAUGAUUUACCAUUGCACUUUAAAACUGAACAAGAACAAGCUUGGUGACUCGCAGGCCGUCACGCUGAUCGGAACCGAUGUGGAGCGCAUAUGUAACAGCUUACAAGCCUUCCAUGAAUGCUGGGUCUCUGUCAUCGAAGUUACCUUGGCUGUUUAUCUUUUGGAGCGACAGGUUGGCCUGACUUGUGUGGUGCCCACAGUUGUCUCUCUAAUUUGCGUGCUGGGUACUAUGCCUAUUUCUAAACACAUCGUUCCCGCACAGAAGCAAUGGGUCGUUCGAGUCCAACGGCGAAUAACGACCACUCUAACGAUGCUCGCCAACAUGAAGUCGAUUAAAAUGCUUGGACUGACAGGGACUCUCGAUACGAUAGUUUCCCAUCUUCGAGAAGUGGAGUUGAAGACAUCGGAGGUCUUCCGAAAGCUGCUGAUAUGCACUGUCACACUUUCAAACCUGCCGGCAGAUUUUGCUCCAUACGCGACAUUCCUGGUAUACACAAUUGUCUCCGUCAAAACGCAUGACAGCUCGCUACUCGUUGCCCGAGCUUUCACAUCAUUAUCUUUAAUAUCUAUCCUGACCAGCCAUCUACUUACGUUCAUCCAAUCUUUGCCCCAGUUUGCGCAAUGCUUGGGAUGUCUGAGCAGAAUUGAAACCUACCUUUGCCAAGUCGAUCGAAACCCAGAAGCAGACAAUGAGACAACCGAGAAAAUUAUGAGCCAUUUACACCAAGUGGUUUCGCCGAAAGCAUUCGAUCCUUCAGUUGCACCAGAAGAAACCCAAUCUGACAACAGCGUUCUCCUGUCAAUGGAAAACGUCGACAUUGCUUGGUCGCUGGAGUCUGACUCCAUCUUACGGGACCUCAACCUGACCAUUACCAAGGGAAUCACGGUUAUAGUUGGCCCGUCCGGCUCUGGCAAGUCCGCACUUAUUGAAAGCAUCAUGGGUGGCACUGCGGUUCUGAAGGGUGUCAUCAACAUGCCACUUUGCGCUGUGGGAUACUGUGCAGAAACGCCCUGGAUCCUUAACGACACUAUCAGGCACAAUAUCAUCGGCGUAAAAGGCCAAAUUGACCAGAAAUGGUAUACAAGAUGUCUUGAAAUGGCUGCGCUCACGCACGAUCUCGAAGCAUUGCCUGCAGGCGAUUUGCACCUGGCGGGUAGCAACGGUAAUUCCCUAAGUGGUGGGCAGAAAAAGCGAGUGGCCCUUGCUCGAGCUCUUUAUUCCUGGUCACCGCUGCUAAUCCUAGAUGAUGCCUGGAGUGGCUUGGAUUCGAAGAAUGCAAGACUUGUUGAAGACAGCCUGUUUGGAGUGAAUGGCUAUUGUCGACAAGCAGGCGUUUCUGUCAUACUGACUGCUCAUACUGUGCCUCCAUUUGCCGAACAGGUGAUUGUUCUCCAAGGAGGGACAGUUUUCGACUCGGGAUUCUACACGGAUGUGAUAUCGCAAGCCCCGGAACUUGCUAGCAGGCUGCCUUCAGACAUGGCUGAGGGCAUGGAGCUUAUAAGAGAUGGCGGUGGGGCGGCGAUGAAAAAUAUACCGCUAACAGCUGACGCUAAGCCCAACCAGCCUGCGUUGGCAUGCCGAGCGGUUGACCGAGAAGAUAUUUCCUGGCGCAGUGCCAGCGCUCUCUUCGCUAACAUUGUUAUGCUUUGGAUCCAGUGGUGGUCUGAAGCGAAUGCCAAGAGCCCGAAUUCAAGACCAGGGUAUUAUCUAGGAGUUUACACUGUUUUCGUUCUUUUGAACAUAGGAUUCUACAUCGCCAGUUGCCAUUUACUCAUCAUCGGGAUCAUAAACAAUACGGCCUCCGCAUUGCACUCGGACCUUUUAAACACCACCCUGAACGCCCCAUACGGCUUCUUUUCGAUGACGGAAAGUGGCACAAUAGUCAAUCGAUUCAGUCAGGACAUGGAUCUCAUUGAUAUGAAACUCCCAAUGUGUGCAAUUGGUUUCACUGGAGCGGCCUCGCUCUGCCUAAUCAAAGCGAUACUCCUGUGUGUGGUUGGCAAAUACUUUGCUGCCACAAUACCUUUCCUCUUACUCGCCAUUUGGCUCAUCCAGCGGUACUACCUAAGAACAUCAAGGCAGGUACGGCUUCUUGAUAUAGAAGCAAAAUCACCCCUCUACACGCAUUUCUCCGAAACGAUCGCAGGGAUCUCUACGAUCAAGGCAUAUCGUUGGCAAAACCGGUUCCAGCAAACAUGCGACGAACAUAUCAACAACGCCCAACGACCGUAUUACACGCUCUUGUCAAUUCAAGAGUGGCUGGCAUGCAUUCUCGAUCUGGUGGUCGCUGUCAUGGCCGUGAUUCUAGUAUCCAUCACCACAUUCUUCAGUGAAAAAUUUACUCCCGCAGAGAUCGGCGUCGGUUUGAAUCUGGUUCUCACUUUCAAUAGCGCGUUAGCACAGGCCAUAACCUCAUGGACACAACUCGAGACCUCCAUGGGCGCAGUCGACCGCGUGCAGCAAUUUCGGGACACAACUCCAUCUGAGCACCGUCCAUGGGGGAGACCAGCACCUCCACAUGACUGGCCGAAUCAGGGAGUCAUUUUUUUUGAUCGAGUCACUGCUUGUCACGGGUUCGCAAGCCUCUUUCCAGCCUCUUUCCAAUCCAGGCACGGCGUCUUUUUGGUUGGCAGUACUGACCACAUCACCUACAGUUCGAACAUGCCCGCCGCCCUAAAAAAUGUCAACCUUACGAUCAAGUCGAAUGAAAAGUUUGCGAUCUGCGGUCCAUCGGGGAGCGGCAAGACAUCCCUGAUUCUGACACUGCUUCAAAUGAUAGAUGUCCAAUCAGGGAGUAUCUCUAUCGAUGGAAUUGACCUGCUGAGCUUACAGCCCGGUGAUGUGCGCUCGAGGAUCAAUGUCAUUCCACAAGAUCCGUUCUUCUUCCCAGGCACCGUAAGACAUAACCUGAGUCCCACCGCAACCACCCCAGAUACGAUGAUCGAGUCCGCCCUGCAAAGAGUCGGCCUCUGGGAGAAAAUUUCCCAUAAUGGCGGCUUGGGAGCAAAUCUCCAGCCCACGAGUUGGUCAGCUGGAGAAAAGCAGUUAUUGGCACUGGCACGAUCGUUGGCAUCAGACAGUCAGAUUGUCGUUCUGGAUGAAGCGACAAGUUCUGUCGAUGCAGCCACCGAAAAGGCGAUGCAGGAAGUAAUAGAUCAGGAGCUUUCCAAUCGGACUAUCAUCACUAUUGUACAUCGGUUCGGCUAUGUCCAUCGUUUUGACCGCGUCGCUGUGCUCCAGGGGGGCGAGCUUGUUGAAUGCGAUACUCCAAAAGCUCUACUUUCCAAGGAUUCAAUAUUCAGAGGUCUCUAUACUGCCUCGCUGGAGCAGCCUCCAUAA